AUGGAAGAGCGUACUGAACUGCAGCAUGACUUGCAUGAGCUACGAAGUUUGCGUACCAUUUCAUCUCGUCAAAUGAUAAAGAAUAUGCUAGAUGAAAAGAUCACCCAAAUUGAACAUAAGAUAAAAGCACUGGAACAAGCGAAUAAGGUUAAUGGAUGUGGCGAUGUACCAAUUUCGAAACAGUCUAAAACAGAAGCUGUAUCUUCGAAUGCUGUGCCAUUGGCGACAGUGAAAAUUACUAAUUAUGCUUGGGAUCAGAGUGACAAAUAUGUGAAGCUUUACCUUACCAUUCCAGAUAUACAUACUGUACCGCAAGAACAAAUUGCAGUCAGAUUUACAGAAAGUGAAGUGGAAGUUAAUGCUCGUGAUAUAUCAUCAAAAAAUUACUCUUUGAUAAUAAAAGGUUUACUCAAAGCAGUCAACCCAUCCAGAUCUUCUUUCAAGCAAAAAACUAAUCUUCUGUUGAUUAUGAUGGAAAAGAAUGAAGAGGGAAACUGGAAGUAUUUAACCAAAGCAGAAAUGCAGAGCAAAGAGAAGAGCACACCCAAAUUUGACCAGAAAUCAGACCCACAAGAAUCACUGAUGAGCUUGAUAAAGCAAAUGUACGAUGAUGGAGAUGAUGACAUGAAAAGAACAAUUCGUAAAGCGUGGCAUGAAAGUCAGACGAAAAAGAGCGUAGAUCCUGAUGAAGCAAUGUAA